GUGGAAGGAGCGCGAAGGUAACGUCGGUGUUUGGCUGGAUUCUGUCACUGAACAGGAACACGACAGGACGACCGCUGUCGACAUGCCGUGUCCGGACAUUUACGCGGAGCUGUGCAGGCGAGCGCCGACGCACCGCUGACUGCGCGUGCCGUGCAUCCACCAGACAAAAAGGCUGGAACCCACCGAGGGGCCCUCAUCCUCUCCGAAGCGACCACGAAGCUACGAGACACACAGUUCACAAGGCCCCAGCGUCUCACAGCGAGUCACAGAACAACGCUCCAGGAUUUGAAAUUCUAGUUUAAUUAAGGGAAGAUUUUUUUCUUCUUUUUUUUAAUACAAGAAGGUCUUGCAGUCAUUACACUCCUGUAGAGUUUUCAUCUAAAGACGUUGGUUCAUUUAUAAAAGUUUUUUUUUUCCCCUGUGGGCUUUAUCACCAGGGUGCAAAUAGAACUGCCGAGCUGCAGCUGAAGGGGAAUUUUAGCCCUAAUUAAUUCUCUUUUGGUUUAAAGGUAUACAAGUCUCUGCCAUAAAGGCUUUCAUUUGGAUUAUCAGGGCACUAGUGAAGGUCAGUGUUUAACUCUCUCUCCUCUCGGGUCUUUGAUCCAGUGCCACCUCCUCCUUCACUCCUGACUUUGAGGUUUUUGUGGGAUUAAACAUUAAGCCCUAGGACACCCUCUUCAAGCUUUUUUUUGUUGACCAGGGAUAUACUCAAGCCAAAAUUUAACCAAAAUAACCUCCCAGCAGGAUGCAGUGAAGGAGAAAGGAAUAGAGAGAAUUGAAGGGCAGAUGGCUUCGCUGCUCAAAAACACCAACAGCCAGAUGAAUAAAACAUUUGAAUAAAGAGGGAGCUGUGACAUCUGGCUGAGGAGUGAGUUAGACACUCUCCUCAUUCCCUCGCUCUUUCUUUUUACCCUUUCUGUCCAUCUUUCACACACUAGCAUCCCUAUCUUUGUCACUCCCCUCCUUUUUAUUCAUUUCUUUUUGGGACGCAGGGGUUCAGGCAGUCACUCAAACAGACAGAAACAAGCUUGUGCCUCUGCUUGUUUCUUUUGCUCUCGCUCAGUUUAGUUCCACCUUUGCAAGCUCCCCUCACUCCAUCCUCUGCCCCUUCCUCUUCCUCCUCCCUGGCGUGGUGUGUGAUGCGGUGUCCCCUCCUCUCUGUCCUGGAGACAUGCCUGUGCAGGAGAUGGCGGUGAGUCCUGUCAAGUCCCUGUACUGGGAGCAGUUCCCCCCCAUGUCGCAGCGCCGUGUCUACUGCACUCCCGUCUACCACGAAGGCCUGCUCUACGUGCUGGGGGGCUGUAGCGAGACGGGCGCGCCCCUGGAUAGCGUUGAGGUCCUGGAUGUGGAGAGCCAGACGUGGAGCCAGCUGCCACCGCUGCCCACUGCGCGGGCGGGGGCCUCGGCCGUGGCCUUGGGGGGCCAGGUGAUGGUGCUGGGGGGAAUGAACCAGCAGCAGACCCCGCUGGCGUCCGUGGAGAUGUACCACCCCGACGAGGGCAAAUGGGAGACGAAGGCCAGCCUGGGUCAGCCGUCUAUGGGAGUCACAGCUGUGGAGAAAGAUGGAAAGGUGUAUGCGCUGGGAGGUAUGGGAACCGACACAACGCCACAGGCCCUGGUGAGGGUUUAUGACGCGGAGAAGGACCAAUGGCAGCCGAUGACCUCCAUGCCCACGCCGCGGUACGGAGCCACGCCCUUCGUAAGGGGAAAUAAAAUCUACGUGAUGGGUGGUCGCCAGGGAAAGAUGCCGGUGACGGCGCUGGAGGCUUUUGACCUGGAUAUGAAGAGCUGGACACGUUACUCCUGCAUCCCAAGCCGGAGGGCCUUUUCCUGCUGCGCUACCAAUGAGCGAAGUCUCUUCAGCCUGGGGGGCCUCCAGCAGCCGGGGCCGCAUAACUUCUACUCCAGGCCUCACUUUGUCAGUACCAUGGAGGAGUAUGACCUGGAUCAAGGCAUCUGGAUCAAACCCAGCCGGACAUCCAGGAUGAGGGAGAAGAGGGCUGACUUUGUGGCGGGAUGCCUGGGCGGAAGGGUAAUCGCAGCUGGUGGUCUAGGUAAUGAACCAUUGCCGUUGGGCACGGUGGAGAGCUACAACCCUGUGAAGCGUCGCUGGGAGUAUGUGGCGCCCAUGCCCACUGCACGCUGCUCCUCUGCCCUCCUGCAGACAACCAGCAUGCUCUUUGUCAUCGGCGGAGUCGCCCAGGGACCUAGUCACGCUGUGGAAGCCCUCUGCUUACCGGAAACAGUGUGACACAUGCACACACGCUAACACACAGUCACACAGGAGUGCUAACCGGCAUUGAUAUUUUCUUCUUGGGCGUACAUAAACACAGACGAAAACACGUGAAUUGGAUCCACAGACGACAUUUAGAUACUUUUCUACCUUUAUGUCCGACUGAUGGAUUCCUAUUGUACACUUGGAUAGUAAGAAACCAUUUUUGACAUUCUACAAGCAUUUUCAACUGCAGAGACAGGUUGUGACAGAGAUGGACGAAUCUGAAGUUUAAAGCGAGGACAGAACACUGACAGCUUUUUUACACUGGGGAAAUCAGAGAGAAAGAAAAGAAUGAGCAAAAAACAGACACACACGGUGUCUGAAGAAACAACACGCCUUUGAACUGUUGAGUAUUUUUCAAAAGCAGGGUACUUUUAUGGAUAUCAAAGGAAGAUAGGGCCAUAUCUGUAUCUCUUCUUUGCGGCAGCGUCGCUUUCCCUGCUGCUGCGUCAGCAGGCUCGGACACUUUUCUAUGACCUUCGAAACAGUUUCAGACAGUGUCAUUCUGGGAAUGUGUAUGUCUGUUGUGGUUCUUCUGUUUGUGUUGCAGUGUUGUAUAUGUGUGAAUGUUAGCGCUGCUAGCAACCACAGUGUCAACAACAGUGGCCCUUGACAUGCGUUCACACUUCAAGCAACUGCUAGUCAGAAGCCCAUCUACUGUAUUUUCUAAACCAGUGUAGCGUUGGCUGACGUUGACCACAGUCACUGUGUUUCCUUUAUUUGUUGUUGCAGAAAAGCUGACUGUGGUCGGCGCCUCGUUUUGCUACAUAUCUUUCCACCACUGCUUUAACAUUAGCGCCUCAGCAAUCAAUCCCAAGCAAAUUACCAAGGCUCAAACGGUCCUUCACAUUGUAGCACAAGGAUGUAGUUGCUCGUGGAGUGAAUGCAGAGUUCCCUUAAACCGGCUGCACUGAAGCAUCCAGACAGAUUAAUCUGAAAUCAGCCUCCUGACAUAGUAUAUUCCCCUUGCUUUUUUGUGAUUGAUAGUAAUACAUUAACGUCAGUCAGAUGAUGGAUGAAAUGGGAAGAGCAUCUCAAAGGGAUGAUACCUGGGCAACAUUUUGAAGUCAGUGUUGGACAAGUUAGUGGAAAAAUCUAGUCAUUACAGAUUAUAUGUUAUUCUUGUAUUAUAUUACUUAACUAAUUAUUCAAAAGCAAAAGUAAUUGGUUGUAUUAAGUUACCCAUCGCAGCUCCGUCAAAGGUGCCUUUAAACAACUCCAAAGCCUCCACACCCGCAUGUCACUAUCAAACAUACUGUAUGUUGGUCUUACAAGGGGCCAGCCGACAGUUUGGAGGCAUUUACUGAACAUCAACAGCUGGUUAAGGUCCUGUUGCUAGUGUGAAACUGCUGUUAGUACACUCUUCACCAAUGAAGAAAACCCAAGUGAUUCCUGAACAGUGUUGUGUGUAACGCGUUACAAAGUUGGUAACAAAACGUUCCUUUUUCAAUUUGGACGCAACUUUACUAAACCCAGGGAUAGAUUUGAAAGUGACACUGCCUUCUCCGCUGUGUGCUCAAAAGCUCCACACGGUAUGUGACAGAGGCUGCUAGCAGAGCAAUCAUGGCAAGCGAGAAGCAGCCAAUGCUAACUUUUAAAAGCUUUGUGGCUUUCGUCUGGAUGGCGUUAUGAGCUUUGAGCUACAAUAACAACACAUUGCUGAGGACUGGCGGUUGAAUAACUUCCCCAACACUGUUCCUGAAUGUGGGUUUACCAGUGGCUAACGUUAGCUAGCCAGCAAAGAACACACAGCUUGUAAAUUAAGACAACUUGGAGUUAGUGGAAGACAAUGUCCUCAUCUUCUGGCUGCCUUACAACACGUCCAGCUCUUGUGCCAGGCUAACCCGUAACACAGCGCUCUUUCCACUGAAGGCAUGAGACAAAACUGAUGUCAACUACUGGCCCAAAUGUCAAGGAAACAAAGUGUAACUGGGAUUAGUAAAUUGUAAUCACUUACACUCAUUGUUGCUGGAAAAGUAACACAUUACUGUAACACAUUACUAAGUAACUACUGCCCACUGUUAGCCUGUUAGCCAAAACAGUAUGUGACACGCUACACAUAGUAUGAUAAUAUACUUUUAUUUUGUCCCCAUGGGGAAAUUCCUUUUUUCAUUUUAUUUCACACAUAUGCAUCAAAUCAAGAGAGAUUGUCCCCAAGCCAAGUUCUUAUGGACUCUGCUACUACCUGACAUUAACUAAAACCUAAAAAAGACUGAUCCGUCUCUCUGUCCUUUGAAUUUCUCAACAACCGUUUAUCCGAUCGACUUCACGCUUACAAUACAACAGGUGUAUUGCUGAGGACACAAGGAAGUGUCUAGUGUGAGCACUUGAGAUCUUUUUGAAGUGCAUUCUUGCAUUAUUCACACACUGUAGUGUAUUGAGAAUGGACCCCGACUUCGAGCAAAUGACAUGUAUACUCUAGCAUUGCUAGGGUACACAUCUAUGUCAUGGCAAUUGUGUUGCUUAGAACACAAGGAAGCGCAGUGUUGAUUGUGAAGUUGUUUUUGGAUAAAGGAUUCUCGGGAAAGCAUUCUGAACAGCCAUGUUUUGAAUGAGCACUGCACAGACACUAAAUGGCAAAGAAUAUUGCUGGGAGUGCUUUGAGAGAUUUCUAUGGACACAUGUUUUUGCCAUGGCUCUGGGUGCCCAUUGGAAUAUAUUGUAACUGACAACGGCUACUACACAACCUUUUAGAGGCACCUUCUAGUUCUACAGGGUGAGCAGCUGGUACUCAAAAGAUGGACUUGUUGUUUGGGCUGAGGUGAAGCUUUGUGUACAAGAAUAAGGAAUAAAAGAUGAUGGAAGGAGCGGCAGUGCAGAAUGUUUUGUGACAGAUUCAGUGACUUGUGGAGAGCAGACGAGGUCGGGCAUGAAACGAAGGAGCGACUCAGUGCAGUGUGUUACGGUGUGGCAAGCUGCCUCUGUUGGUCUUUCUUUUUCUGCCAUACCGGUAGAAUUUUCAAAUAUAGGCCAAAUCAGGUCCUCCAUUCAGAAUACUGUGACACAGAGGAGUCAAUCGUGGCUCUGUUGGUUUGGUCCCAGUUUUACUUUUACUAACAUUUGCCAUUAUUAGGUGAUUGAUCUACAAGCUUACCUGCUCUUGCCUGUGGAAUACAGGUAAUGAUAUUUGCCUUGACAAAAUGUCCAGUUCAUUUUAAAUUACCAGAGUUUAUUUGAUCGCUGGCUUCAACAUGAUAAAUGACCGUGAGACAUCGGGAGGCAGUAGGAAAGAAACUGAAAAAUUAAAACCAGAUUGGAUCGACAGAUAUGAAUGGACAAUUUAACAGAUAAUGGUCAAUUUUACGACUCGAACACACACGAAAAGCUGAGAUACACAACUGCAGCCUUAUUACACUGUGCAUCAUUUAGAGAUGACGUUCAUCUGCUACAUACAAACUACUUAAAUAACAUACAUGUUGCAGGUGCAUGACAAACAAACCAUUAUGUCACCCCAAAACAGGAAACCUAUUUUAAAAAAGACUUGUAUGCAUUCAUACAUACAAGAGAGAGAAAAACAUAAGUUAGUUUGACUAGUUAGAGACACAAAUAAGGAGCAGUACAGGAAGAGGAAGCUAUCUCUGACCCCUUAUGUAAGCAUUGUUUCUCGCUCUCUCUCUCUCUCUCUCUCUCUCUCUCACACACACACACACACACACACACACACACACACACACACGCACACACACUUUCCCUGUAUUGCCCAUUUCAAAUACGUUUUCUGGUCAGACUUUACUAACAGAGUCAGACAUCUUUUGCUGUGAGAGAGCACUAAGCAGCUGGAGCUCAAAUAAAAUGUCAGUUGACGUUGGUUAUUUCUAGUGUUGCAUUGUGUGCAUCAUUUGAGUGUGUUAGGUAUAGCACCAGAUAUGUGCAUGUGACACACACAACCACUCACGCAUGCACACACACCACACACACACACACACACACACACACA